AUGCUUAAUAAUCGCGAUACCCAGCUAGAUGCUGAAGAAAAUGCAUACGGUAAGCACCCAAUUUGGCGCCGCGUGUAUGCCCUGAUGAAAUGUGAUUCAAGUGCAUGCCAUUUGGGCCCCUACUGUUGGCUGGAUCCAGUAGGGAAAAAGCAUUAUCGACUCCGCACUCAAACCCUCAGAAGGUUGGUUACCUACGCUGAGAAAGGUGGUGUCCUGGAGUCGCAUAAAUAUGUCCCUGAUGAGAUCCAAGAAGAGCUAUACAUAGAGGAGCAGCAGAGGCUGGAGAAAGAAAAGCGCAAAGGGGGUAACAUUGCCGGACCUAGAACGCCGUAUCCACCUAUCAACAUCAAUGUUCUCCCGUCCCACCCUGCUAGGGUUGACAUAACGGCUCCGACUGUUAGCUCAGUUAAGUCAAAGGGUGUGAGCCCAUUGACAAUUCCCGGAUUCAGAGACGUUGCUGUCAAAGAAUAUGGUGAGUGGCUUGCAUCGAAUGUUUCUGAUGAAACCCUCAAAGCUACAUUUCGACAAGCGUCCGACGUAACGCUAUCAGAUGGCUUUGACCUUGAGCACAUUUACAAGGAUCAAAACCCAGAAUUCUUUGUCGGUAAGGGGAUCAAACCCGGAAUUGCCCGAAGUUUUGUAGAAAAUAUCCGCGACUGGUUGGAGAACGUGAAGAAGGCAGUACCCGUUCUUGAAGUGGUGUAG